ACGGAUGACGUGGUAGACCGAGUCUACCUAAGAAUUUCUCUUAAUAUACAGCACUGAAAAUUAUUCUCUCGUCUUCGUUAUCAACUACUAGUUCUCAAGAGACAAUGUCUAACAAUCAAAAUCAACGACCCAACCCACCGAUUCAAUCUAAUUUGCCUCGUCUUACUGCUCAAGAAUGGAAAUUCUUUAAAAUUUUCCCACCUGGUUACAGAUUUUGCCCUACUGAUGGCGAGCUCAUUGCUGAAUAUCUGCUAAAGAAAGUUUACAAUCAACCUUUGCCUCCAUGCAAAAUCAUGAAUGUUGAUCUUUAUAAAUUCCAUCCUAAAGUUCUUGCAGCUACAUAUGUGCAUUACGGAGAGACAGAUUGGUACUUUUUCACUCCAAGGGACAAGCUGUGCCCGGAAGGAGCGAAUAUCAAUAGACUUGCUGACGGCGGGUUCUGGAAAUCCGCCUCAGCCGAGAAACCUGUAGAGCAUAAGGGUGUUAUAAUUGGAAGUAAGAGGGUUCUUGAUUUCUACAUUGGAAAACAACCAAAUUGUGUGAAAACUCAUUGGAAGAUGCAUGAAUUGGUGGUCAAAAACUCGCUUCGAAUGCCAGAAAUCAAUCCUGACGCUGAAGAAUCUAAUAUGAGGUUGGAUGAUAUAGUAUUAUGUCGAAUUUAUAAGACAUCUAGGAAACUUAAUGAUCCUGGAGCUGAAGAGAUAGGCGAUGAUCAUGAGAUUAUUGGUGAUGAUAAUGAUCCCGGCGGCCUUGAACCUCAAAUCCACGCUGAAUUUCGUCCGGCAAACAACGUACUACUCCCAUCUGGUGACAAUGAUUAUCAACAGAGUCCGUAUCAGCAUCAGCAGAAUCCGUAUCAGUAUCAGCAGAGUGCAGGCUGUAGCCAGCCACUCCAGCAGCAACCUUUGCAGAAUGACCAGCCCUUGCAACCUCCGCAGAAUGACCAGCCAUUCCGGCAGCAACCACCGCAGAAUAUAUACUGGUUCUUUCCAGGACCACCACCGGACGGAUUCGAAGACCCAGUGCUGAAGCCUGAAGCCCCAUAGUAACUACUUACUAGUUAGUUUGCAUAACAUUGCACCAGCAGAUAUGAGGGUUAUUAGCCCUUAUGGUACCAAAAACUUUUGUUUCUAGUUUCAGUUUAGUUUACUUUGUAUCAAAUUGGCACCCUGAGUUGUACUAAUUUCAUACGUUUAUUGGACAAAUUGAUGAAUUUGUUGAGUAUCAA